AUGGGCAAAGCAACAUUUGUUGCUAUAGGUACGGCAAGUCAAAAUCAUGGUACAUACCGGUCCAAGGCUGAAAAAAACGUCUGUAAGCUUCCACCGUGGCCUCGCAAGGUCAAAGGCAAAAGUCUUGCCUACGAAUACAGCGAGUUGUUUCAACAUUCAGGGCGGUGCGCCCUAAUGGAAACGAUCUGUCUGAAAUGGUGUGUGGGUGUCACGCACCAUCGGAACUUAGCCCCGGAGAGUCUUAGUGCUUUCGAUAAGGUAAUGAGUAGCAGAGAACUGCUCGUGGUAUCAACAAAUGCACGGGGUCUCAGAGACCAUUUUGACGAGUCAAAAAUAAUGCACGCUGUCAGACGAUCACAAAAGGUUGCGACAUUUUCGCCCAUGCUCUGA